UCCAAGUAUUGACCUAGACUGCUAGAAAAUGUCGAGGCGUGAUGCGUGAUGCGUGAUAUGAAGCCUGUCUUCAAACGUGUUAUCAUUACAGUUAGCUAGGUAACUAAGACAGCGGGUAUGAAUUAAUUAGAGGUCGACUUUGCACUACUAGUCAAGCGUGAAUAAGUUUUUAAGCUCAGCAUGUGUGCAUCUGGAAAGUACACUUCACGGGGCCCAGCUCUGAUUCCACGGAUGAAGACCAAGCACCGGAUCUACUACAUUACUCUGUUCUCUGUGGUUCUGCUGGGACUCAUCGCCACAGGGAUGUUCCAGUUCUGGCCACACUCUAUUGAAUCAACAGCCGAGUGGAGCCUGGACAGACGCAGCGUGCACGAUGCACCUCUGGUCCGACUGCCCGUCUCCAGCCCUAUUCCCGAGAGAGGGGAUCUUAGUUGCCGAAUGCACACUUGUUUUGAUGUGUAUAGAUGUGGCUACAACCCUAAGAAUAGAAUCAAAGUAUACAUCUACCCCCUGCAGCGUUUUGUGGAUGAGGUAGGGGUGCCCAUCAGCAGCACAGGCUUAUCCCGGGAGUAUAAUGAUCUGCUCAGUGCCAUCUCUGACAGUGACUUCUACACUGAUGAUGUCACCAGGGCUUGCCUGUUCGUCCCCUCCAUUGAUGUCCUCAAUCAGAACUCCCUGCGCAUCAGGGAAACUGCCCAGGCUCUGGCCAUGCUACCCAGGUGGGACAAAGGAAUGAACCACUUGCUCUUCAACAUGUUACCUGGAGGACCUCCAGACUACAGCACAGCCCUUGAUGUGCCAAGAGACAGGGCUCUGCUUGCAGGUGGUGGCUUCUCCACGUGGACAUACAGGCAGGGUUAUGAUGUCAGCAUUCCUGUGUAUAGCCCACUGUCUGCAGAUGUGGAACUGCCUGAGAAACAGCCUGGGCCCCGGCGCUACUUUAUUCUGUCGUCCCAGACAGCCAUCCACCGUGAGUACCGGGCAGAGCUGGAGAGGCUGAAGGAGGAAAAUGGGGAGGCUCUGCUCCUACUGGACAAGUGCAGCAACCUCUCCCAGGGAGCUGCUUCUGCCCGGAAACGCUGCUACAAGGGACAGGUGUUUGACUACCCCCAGAUCCUUCAGGAGUCAUCGUUCUGUGUGGUGCUGCGCGGGGCUCGGCUUGGACAGGCAACCCUUAGUGAUGUGCUCCAGGCUGGAUGUAUCCCGGUCAUCUUAGCAGACUCCUACAUCCUACCUUUCUCUGAGGUCCUUGACUGGAAGAGAGCGUCGGUGGUCAUACCAGAGGAGAAGCUUCCAGAGAUGUACACCAUUCUGAAGAGUAUUCCUCACAGGCAGGUGGAAGAGAUGCAAAGACAGACCCGCUGGUUCUGGGAUGCGUACUUCAGCUCCAUGAAGGCCAUCGGUAUGACGGCUCUUGAAAUUAUCAAUGAUCGCAUCUACCCUUAUGCAGCACGAACCUACGAACAGUGGAACAACCCCCCUGUGGUGAAGUGGUCGAGUGUGAAUAGCCCUUUGUUCCUGCCCCUCAUCCCACCGAGGUCCCCUGGGUUUACUGCUGUUGUUCUAACCUAUGACCGCAUCGAAAGCCUUUUCCGGGUUAUCACUGAGAUCUCAAAGGUGCCCAGCCUGGCCAAGCUACUGGUGGUGUGGAACAACCAGAAUAAAAGUCCCCCUGAAGAGUCUCUGUGGCCGAAGAUUGCUGUGCCACUGAAGGUGGUGCGAACCAAAGAGAACAAGCUCAGCAACCGCUUCUUUCCUUAUGAUGAAAUUGAGACUGAGGCUGUGCUGGCUAUCGAUGAUGACAUCAUCAUGCUAACUUCUGAUGAACUCCAGUUUGGCUAUGAGGUGUGGAGGGAGUUCCCAGACCGCCUAGUAGGGUACCCGGGUCGGCUCCACCUGUGGGACCAUGAAAUGGGCAAGUGGAAGUACGAGUCUGAGUGGACAAAUGAGGUUUCCAUGGUAUUAACUGGAGCAGCAUUCUACCACAAGUACUUUAACUACCUGUACACAUAUAAGAUGCCAGGAGACAUCAAGAACUGGGUGGAUGCCCAUAUGAACUGUGAAGAUAUAGCCAUGAACUUCCUAGUGGCCAACAUCACUGGGAAAGCCCCCAUAAAGGUAACACCCAGGAAAAAGUUCAAGUGUCCUGAGUGUACAGCGAUUGAUGGACUGUCUCUGGAUCAAACGCACAUGGUUGAAAGAUCGGAGUGCAUCAACAAGUUUGCGUCUGUUUUUGGAACUAUGCCUCUGAAAGUUGUGGAACACCGUGCAGACCCAGUCCUCUACAAGGACGACUUUCCAGAGAAGCUCAAGAGUUUCCCCAACAUCGGCAGUCUCUAACCAGCCAAGGCUGUGCAGCAACGAUACCCAGAUGACCAUACAUUUUCUUUCAGUUCAGGGGAGACAGACUCUUAUGGCUCUUGUUAUAUACAACUAUCUGGAACACUUCCUGAAGACUGAUUUAGACUGACUGUGGAGAUAAAAAGUUGCGUGUCUGUCAUCCAGGUCUAUGUGUACACGGAGACCGGACGUCCCCACGAAAAGAGGAACAGCAGACACUUUCUGGUCUGGUCCUUCACUAGGGAAAAUGGCAUUUCCAGCUUAGGGGUUAUAUUAGGUUUAGUGAGAAAUGUACAAUUGGGCAGGAUUGAGGUUACUUAAAAGUUAGGGUUAGGGCUAGGCAUUGGGGCUUGAUGAAAUUUGAGCAUAGGUUAGGUUAUUGAGGUUAGGUUUAGUUCUAGAGGAUAUCUGGGAUUUGGGUGUCUGGUCCCCACAAGGAUAGAAAAAUAAACUUGUGUGCUAGUGGUCCCAGUCUGUGUGUACUUGACCCAAAGUCCCCACAAAGAUAGAAAGCAAAAGCUGACAAAUGGUGCACCUGGUUUCUAGUAAUAGAAUUAGUGUUACUUUUAGCUACUGGCAUUACGGGCUAAGAUUCGGGUUAGACGUUAAGGUUUGGUAUAAAAUUAGCGGAUACGCAGCAUAGAUUUCGAAAACCAUUUCACAAGGAUAGAAAAAUAUUUGUGACUUAGGUGUGGGGUUAGUUUUAGGUUUAGCCAUAGUUAGUUUAAUGUGAGGCAGUGGUUACCAGCUCUGGUCCUCCAGUACUAUUUAAGCAAACAUUUUGGUUGUAGUCUUCGAUGAACCUAAACUAAUCUAGGGUCUGAUGUUGACAACUUGAAUCUGAUUAGGGUUCGUUUGUCCAGGUUUACAAUAAAUGUGCCUUUGGAGAUACGGUAGGACAGGAUUUGGGAACCACUGGGGCUAGGAAAGGGAAAAUAUUUUCUCUGGUAUCCUCAAGGAUAGAAAAACUAAUGUGUGCAUGCUAUUGUGCACACUGGAUAGAAUCCACUGUGUUGAUGAGAGUAUGACAGAUGUCCACUGCUACUGUAUUAAAACUAGAGGCCCUAAUAUCAAUGUAUAUAAAUCACAGCCAUGUCAGAUUUUACUGUGGCAUGGUGAGAGUAAGGGACACUGCCAAGCAUGUGGGGGAGGGAAUAUUUAAUAUGUUGAAAACGUGGUAAUUUAUCUCUGAACUAUGACUUUUUUUUAUAAAUACGAAAAAUAAACUGUUGAAAUUAGCUAUUUAAUGUAUGAGCACUGUAGAGAUGCAUUGUCCGUUUGCUCUGCAUACACUGGGAGGACAAAACACAAGUAAAUUGUGUUUACUGCAAAUUGUUUUACUGCUUUUACCUUUCAAAAUUAUUUGCAAAAUCCAGGCAUUCUCUUUGGCUUUUUACUGUGUUUUGAAUCUCACAGAUUAUUGCUGUAGCAUCUUGUUACUGUAAUUAAUGUGCUGAGAAAGGAAUGUCUGCCGCAACACCUGUAAAAAAUAUAAUUUGCCCCUCAUUGUUGUAUUGUCCAGUAUUAAUGUAAACUAUAUAGCCACAGAAAUGUUGUAGCUAGUUUGAGAGGACACCGGAAAGUUUGCUUGCUUGCUAGGUUGUAAACAGGCAGUUCUGGUGUUCUUACAAACCAGUUACUCUAAUUUGCAGGGCAACUUCUUGGUGCUGUGUUCUAGCUAGCAACUUUAUCAUUUCCUCAUUCUUUUUCUUACUAAGAUAUCACACUUCAAUCCCCCAUAUUUUGACUGUUUUAACAUUUUGGUUUGAAGUCUGUAAGUUGGUUCCUCUCAAGGAAUGUCUGGCAUGUCAAGUUUCAAGAUGGCACGCUUUUUUUUUGUUUAGCAUUUUACCACCAUGGGUACAGUUUAUGUAAGUGUCCCAAAAUCGUGUAUUGUCAAAUAUAUAAGGACUUUGUAAAGAAAUUGAAAAAGUGCUAAAUAAAGUUUGUUUUUAUGGCC